CAGAAACACACACUCGCAGCCAGACAGCCAGCAAGACAGAAGGAGGGAAAGACAGAGACAAUCCAACAUAUGCUGGAUUGUGCAGAAGAUCUCGGAAAUUUAUAGUAAACACCCCGAGUUUCCGGCCGGAGAGAUGGAGCAGGACGAACAGAAGGAGAAACACAGCGAGAAAACCGAGAGCAUGACUGAGGAGAGCUUCCUCAAAGACCUCUACUACUUCAUGAAGCAGAGAGACACACCGAUAGAGAGAAUCCCCCACCUCGGGUUCAAGCAGAUUAACCUGUACAUGAUGUUUAAAGCAGUGAUGGAGUUAGGAGGAUAUCACCAGGUGACUGCACAACAGCUCUGGAAAAAAGUCUACAACCUUCUGGGAGGAAACCCUCGCAGUACCAGCGCAGCGACAUGCACACGCCGCCACUAUGAAAAGCUGCUCCUUCCGUAUGAGUAUCACUUGGCCGGAUACGGAGACGAGGUUCCCAUCACACUGCCUCGACAGCGCAAACGCUUCCACUCUGACGAGGAGUUCAACCAGAGCUCCAAGCGUGCAGACUUCACACACCUGCACCAGUUUAACCAGUACCUCCCACCUGGUCCAUUAUCUCUACCAAGCUACCUGGCCAUGUCCCUGCCCUCCAUUCCGCCCCUCAGCUCUCCGCUUCACCCUCGGCCCAUGAUGACCUUCAUCCCUCCUUCCCCCAUGGAGACAGGAAACGUUAAACAGUCACUAGAGUUCCUGCGCCACCUCGCUCAGGAGUACAAAUCAUCCUCGGGAUGGACGGAGCCUCUGAACCUCAGCAAGAAACAGGACAGACUGGAGACAUCUAGCAAUUUUCCGUCAUCCUUCACGUCCCCGGCUACUAAAAAGAAGGAACCCAAGUUUCUAAAUGAAGCUCCGUCAAUUCAACCACAAAGCAGUCAGCCAGCAAUCAGUGAAGCUGCACCUCCUGCACGAGCACUCAUCAAUCAGAGAAUCAGGGAUGAAUCGAAUGUAAUCAACCUUACAUCUUCUUGCUCCACCAGUCCCAACUUGUGGAAAGUGGCUCCAAGUUCUCCUCCUCUUUCUCUUCCUCUUCCUCCUCCACCUCCUCCUCUUUCUCUUCACAUCCCACCUUACCCCAGCACCGUUCAAGCCAAACACACACCGCAGCAAAGUCUACCAGUGUCCAAAUCAGGCUCCUCAACCAAGUCUCAGCUAAGCCCUGGAGCCUUGAGCACCACUUUACCAUUAGACCCAUAUGCAGGAAUGGAGAUUCAAAUCCCAUUGUCUUUGCUCCAGAAUUUGAUCAAGGAACGUCUUCUGCUGAACACCGCAUCUAAUCAACAUCAUCUACCAAGAUCCAAGCCCAGUGAAUCUCCCAACUCACUGCCAGAAAGAAUGACUUCUGAACCUAGCGCUGAUCAACCUGCAGAUCUGAGCAUAAAGAACCAAGUGAGAAGCAUCAGCAAGAGUGACUUCAGCAUGAGUGCUAGCAAGAGCGCUACUGAAAGACUGGCACCCGAAAGCAAACCGUACGCUGUCAAGCCCCUGCAAAUACCUGAUCUGACCAAGUUUCCUUUUUAUAAUCAUGUUUCUCACCUCAAACCCUUUCAAAGUGGUUUUCAGGAGCAACAAAUGUGCACCAAGGAAGUUCCUUCUGCUCCUGUGAGGAUCCCAGACCAACCAGGGGUCAAAUCCCCAGGGUACAGCAAAGACGCAGCUCAGGUCAGAGCCAUCAACUCUGCUAUGAUCACCGAGAAAACAGCGGGUAGUCCCCCAUUUGAUAAAGUGAAAUCAGCCUCAGCCCCCUUCGUCCAGAUCUCUUCAGAACAUCUGAAACUUCUGUUUUCAAGCUCACCAUUUAGACAUGAAAGUGGAAAAAUAUGCUAAGAACCUCUGUAAUAUUUAAUAAGGCAGUCAGUGCUUAGGUUAAAAUAAACUAUAACUAUGGCUAAGCUACACCAUCAGUCUGGAACACAGACCUGACUGAGAUUGUAGAUUCACUGUAAUUAAAUGAAAAGCACUUAACAUUUUUUUUUUUAGAUUUUUAUAGUGAUAUGUAAAACAUUUAGUUCUGAUCAAGUAAUCUGAUUGGAGAAGAGGGGUUGGGUUGAGGACUGGGGAUUUAAACCAUAACAGAACUGGGAUGUUUAACCAUAUGCAUCACUCUACCUUACAGGUGUUCUAACAAUCGUUAAAAGGUAUUUGACCGAACCUGUUAAUUAAUAAAGUACUGUAAGGUGUUUUAGACAGGCCCCUAACCCCCAGUGAAGGACAAUCCUAAUGCUUCAGCAUACCGAGACAUCUUGGACAAUUCUGUACUUCCAACUUCAUGGCAACAGUUUGUUAAAGGCCCUUUUCUGUUCCAACAUGACUCCGCCCCAGGGCACAAAGCAAGGACUAUAAAGACAUGGUUUGAUGAGUUCGGUGUGGAAGAGCUCGACCGGCCCGAACAGAGAUCCCUGACCUCAACCCCAUCGAGCACCUUCGGGAUGAACUGGAACGGAGAUCAUGAGCCAGGCCUUCUCGCCCAACAUCAGUGCCCGACCUCAUAAACGCUCUACAGAAUGAAUGGGCACGAAUUCCCUCAGAAACACUGAAAGAAAAGUGGAAGCUGUUAAAGCUACAAAAAUGGGAUCGAUUAUGUGUAUUUGGAUACGAUGUCACUGCGGGUAUAACUAUGAUUUUUUAAAAUGAAUCCCAGUUUAACAUAAAGCUAAAGAUCUAAAGAUAAAAUAAAAUUAACUACAGCUUUUUCGUGUGGAAAAUUUCACAAUGGGUUCAGGACUUGCCUUGCCUUCCAAAUUCCUUCAUUUGCACUGUUCGAGGUUAGGAAAAUGUUCACAGUAACAUAUAUUUGGAUUUUGUUUGGAUAAAAAAAAUAAAAGUCAUCGAAAAACAUUUAAAACAACCCAAUAACAACUUCAUGGAUAUUGCUGAUCAAAAAAAGUAGAUAAAAAAACUAGACCUAAGAUAUGUUGAUAGUUAUCCACUGUAAAAUGAAUAGUCUGGCACAUGGUGCUCCGUGCCAUGUGCCAGACGCGGAGAUCCUCCUGAUGGCAGGGAUGAGCAGAAGUAAGAGCUUCGAAAUGAGCCGAAGUCCAUUUCUGUAAAAUA